CAAGUGCGAUGUAUCGCGAGGAGACGUGAUGCGACGCGUGCCCGUCACGUCCGUUCCCGCACUCUGUCCGCGAAAUAUGUGAAUACGCGAUCGCGCGCGCGCGCGCUCUCUCUCUUUCACACACGUAUCUCAUCGGCGUUCCGGCUCUCUGUUCGAGUUUCGCGUGUCUCUUCGCCGCAUCGACAAUCCGCCCGAUCGCGUGGUUCUACCUUAGUGUUUCGUGGUUGCCAAGCCGAUGUCGGAAGUGCGCAAGAGAACGACCGUCGGCGACGCGACAUCGUCGACGGCCACGCGCGACGUCAGCGAUGAUCAGAAAGAAGAUGUUGAAUCUGAAGACGAUGCAAAAUUGGAGGUGGAGGACUUGGCAAAAACUCUACCUCAAGGAACUGACCAUACCCCGCAUAUUUUAAGUUCCAUUCUUUCCGGUCUUCCAGAUCGUUGGCGAAAUUGGAUAAUUAGAACUAUUUUCACCUGGUUUAUGAUAGCUGGGUUUUGUCUCAUUAUUUAUGGAGGUCCGUUGGCAUUAAUGAUCACAACAUUGAUUGUGCAAGUGAAAUGCUUCGAAGAGAUCAUUAAUAUUGGAUAUGCCGUGUACAGGAUUCAUGGUUUACCGUGGUUCAGAUCUUUGUCGUGGUAUUUUUUGAUAACGUCGAAUUAUUUUUUCUAUGGAGAAAAUUUAAUGGACUAUUUUGCAGUGGUGAUUAAUCGAACGGGCUAUCUACGUGUACUUGUUACAUACCAUCGAUUUAUUUCAUUUUGUCUUUACAUCGUUGGCUUUGUAUGGUUCGUACUAUCGCUUGUGAAAAAAUAUUAUAUGAAGCAAUUCUCCCUAUUUGCUUGGACGCACGUCGCAUUACUUAUUGUUGUGACACAGAGCUAUUUAAUUAUCCAAAAUAUAUUCGAAGGAUUAAUAUGGUUCAUCGUACCUGUCAGUAUGAUUGUCAUAAACGAUGUGAUGGCAUAUAUGUUUGGCUUCUUCUUUGGACGAACGCCAUUAAUAAAAUUGUCCCCGAAGAAGACUUGGGAGGGCUUUAUCGGUGGCGGUAUUUCGACUGUCAUACUUGGAGUAUUGAUAUCUUACGUUAUGUGUCAGUACCGCUAUUUCAUCUGUCCGAUUGAGUACAGCGAGACUCUUGGCAGAAUGACUAUGGAUUGCGAACCAUCAAGCUUGUUCCAACCACAAGAGUAUACCUUGCCAAGCAGUCUUCAAGUAAUGUCAAGAAUGUUAAAUGGGAAAUCUACCUUGACGGUAUAUCCAUUUAUGCUACAUUCAUUGUCGAUGUCAAUAUUCAGCUCUGUAAUUGGUCCAUUUGGAGGAUUUUUUGCUAGCGGAUUCAAACGAGCGUUCAAGAUUAAGGACUUUGGUGAUGUAAUUCCCGGCCAUGGUGGAAUAAUGGAUAGAUUUGAUUGUCAGUAUUUAAUGGCAACAUUCGUGAAUGUCUAUAUUUCUUCGUUUAUUCAAACUGCAUCGCCUCAAAAGCUAUUACAACAGGUUUACAGUCUGAAACCAGAGCAACAGUUACAACUUUUCCAAAAUCUAAGAGAUUCGUUGGAACAUAGGGGUAUGCUAAAUUAAUAUUAAAAUUAAUAUUUUUUAAGUUAAAAAUGUAUUAACAGCAAAACUGCUGCAGGGAUUAUUUUUACCUAUUAGAAAAUAUUAGAAAAGAUUCCCCGAUGUCUUUCCUAACAUUUCAGCAAACAUUAUACACAGAUGACAAUGCAAUCAGUAUCAAAUAAUUGUAAUGAUUUGUUAAACUAUGACGAUAAAAUUUAUUUUGUAAUUUGUAGGUAUGUAAGGGUCAUAUCGUAACGCUAUAGUACUGUCUAAUUGAAGAUUAACGUGGCCAGAGAUGAGAAUAGUUUUUUCCUAAUCUCUCUUUUCGCGUUUUACUUUUUUAUUAAAAGAUAAUUGAUUAUGAGAAAAUCUUUAAUAUACUUGAUCCUAGAUGGAUUUCGUAUUAUUAAGAACUCAUUGAUUUAUAUUCUGUAACUAUGGUGCACAAGUUAUGGAAAGUGAAGUAAAAAUUAUGUACCACACUGUGAUUGACUCUGGUCUAAAAGUGAUCAGUUGGAUGGAUCUAUCAUAAUUUUAACUAUUUUUGUGCAUUCCACAUUAGAUAGUUAAACUUCUGUCGAAUGCGUUAGUUUAUAUUAAACUACGGCAUUGGUAAAAAUACAAGAUAUUUUUGUCUAAAAUGAUGAACCAAAGAAAGUCGCAUUAUGAAAAUCCUGUGUUAUACAUAGCAGCAUUUAUGUAACAUUUUCUUCAUUUUCUGAAACGUUUGCUUAUCGUUUUUUUAAUUAGAUAUUACAAAAUACAGACCAAGAGAAUCAAAUGCUAUAUUUUUAUGUAAUAUAUUCUAUUUAAACGAGAUAUCUUACUUAUAUCCAGCAGAUCUCAGUAGUUUCUAUUUGUAAUCACAUUGUUAUAGUUGCAUUUAAAGUGCGAUAUGAUAGAAAUGAAUCUCGUUUGUACAUAUGCAUUAUACGUUUGUUCGUUUACGUAGAAUUGAUGUAAAGAUGUUAACAAUUCUAUGAAUAAUCUUUGUUUCGAUGAAAGGCAUUCUUUCUAUUAAAAUUAUAAUGUUUAUUGCUAUGUAUAAAAGAAAACACCUUACCAACAUAAUUGUAUCCUACGUGCAUGUACGUACUGUCAUUAAUGUUGGGUAAACGGUUCUACUUAGAAGUUUAGCAUUAUUCUUUCUUCUUUUUUAUUCAUAUUUGCUUAGUGGCAGUAAAAUAAAAGAUUAAUCAUAAUCUCUAAAUUGCAUUCUAAUAAAGUUAUUUGUAUUU